GAGAAAGAAAACUGUGAACACACAGAUUCAGACAACCUCUUACCUCCGUCAUUGUACCUUUACAAAUUUGCCUUUGCCUUUUUCUUGUUCCCAGUUUUUUCUUUUACAAAGGUUAGGGUUUUACGCAAGUUUUAAUUACUUAAUUAUUAUUAUUAUACACGGAUUUUCCUUUUUCUAUGCAAUGCAAUAUGUGUGCGCGCUUACGUUCCCUUCCCUCACUGCUUUUCAAUCUUAGACACCAACUUUUAUUUUUCUUCACUUGACCUCCAACAAGUGUAACUUCGUGUUAGUGGAAUCUCAAAUCAAGUUCUCAGCAUUUCCCAACAACCUUCUCCUGCUCUUCAGUUAAUUUUUCUCCAAGCACUGAGUUGACUAGGCUCUUCUUUGGUUCGGAAGAUGAUUUUGUGAUUGGGUUCACCGGAGCAGACUGUGCUGAAGAUUAAGAUUGAAGUGGGGAUCAAUGGGUUGGGAGAGAUCUGCUUUGGAGUUCAAGAGAGUGAAGAUCUAUGGACAAGUUCUAUUGGGAUUUUUGUUGAUAUGCACAAUUCAGAUUUCAAGUUCAGUCACUGAUCCCACUGAUGCUUAUAUGUUGCACUGGGAUCCCCUGUUCUCCCUGGAUGGGUUGCUAGUGGAGGAGAUCCAUGCGGACAAGGGUGGCAAGGCAUUCAGUGUAAUGGAUCAUUCAUACAAAAAAUGUAUAGUUCUGAAUGCUGCAAAUUUGGGAGGAGAUCUGGGUGAUAAUCUGUCAACUUUUGUUUCAAUCACAGUAAUUGAUCUAAGCAACAACAACAUUGGAGGAAGUAUUCCAUCCAAUUUGCCAGUUACCAUGAAAAACCUUUUUCUUUCAGCCAACCAGUUCACUGGAAAUAUUCCGACCUCUUUGUCCACUUUGACUGGACUGACAGACAUGUCUCUUAACAACAAUUUUUUAUCCGGAGAAUUACCAGAUGCUUUUCAGUCACUUACACAAUUGAUCAAUCUAGAUUUAUCUCAAAAUAAUUUGAGUGGGGAAUUGCCUCCUUCUAUGGAUAGCUUGUCAGCCCUGACCACCCUACACUUGCAGAACAAUCAACUGUCUGGGACACUUGAUGUUUUACAAGACCUUCCUCUGAAAGAUUUGAAUGUUGAAAACAACCAGUUUGCUGGCCCAAUACCCCCAAAGUUGUUAAACAUCCCUAACUUCAGACAAGCUGGAAACCCAUUUAAUGUUAAUGGUACUGCAACUCCUGCUUCUUCACCUCGCUCCCCAGUGACAGCACCACCAGGAACUCCAGUUUCCACGGCACCAUCUUCUGGCCGUGUACCUGCAAAACAGGCUGAUGGACCAACUGCAGUUAACGAAUCACAUUCUGGGAAGUCCAAAAAAACCACCAAAAGGGUGGUUUGGAUAUCUAUUGCUAGUGUGAUGGGAUCCAUUAUUUUGUUACUAGGACUCAUUCUAUUUAUUCCAAGAUGUAGCAGAAGGGAACGGGUUGACAGAAGGUCUAAGCGACAUCAAAUUGGUGCAUACGGUGAAAGACAAAAUGCCAGGGAUUACGGGGCUAUAGUCCAGCCACCUAGUCAAACAGAGAAAGUACCUGUUGGGGAUGCUCCAAGGCCAAAAGAGGGUCAUCAAGCAGAGACCAGGGGAGUGGGGGUUAUUCCAAAUCCACAGGGAAAGCAGGAGAAGCAAGAGAAGGAUGUGGAAAGAGUGGCAACAAUACCAAAGCCAGGAGAUCAUGAGAUAGAUAUGAGUACUCUUGAAGUAUAUGCGAUGCCUCCCCCUCCCCCUCCACCCCCACCACCCCCUCCCCCUCCCCCUCCCCCGCCUCUACCCACAUCAUCUCUCUCUACUGAGAGGGUGAUUGUUGAGCCAACCACAUUCCAUAGAGGGACUAAUGUUAAUCCAUCCAUAAGAAGUUCAGUUCCUCCUCCCACUUUUGCAAAAUUUUUCACCAUUGCAUCCCUUCAACAGUAUACAAAUAGUUUUUCUCAAGACAAUCUUAUAGGAGAAGGCAUGCUGGGUAGCGUGUAUAGAGCAGAGCUCCCUGGUGGGAAGCUGCUUGCUGUAAAGAAACUGGACAAGAGAGUUUCUGAUCACCAGAAGGAUGAUGAAUUUCUUGAGUUGGUAAAUAGUAUUGACAGAAUACGACAUGCAAAUAUUGUUGAGCUUGUUGGAUACUGUUCAGAGCAUGGUCAAAGGCUUCUGAUCUAUGAGUACUGCAAUAAUGGGUCAUUGCAUGAUGCACUUCACUCAGACUAUGACUUCCAAACAAAACUCUCGUGGAAUGCUCGUAUUCGGAUAGCACUUGGAGCAGCUAGAGCCUUGGAAUAUCUGCAUGAGCUAUGUCAGCCACCCGUGGUGCAUAGAAAUUUGAAAUCCGCCAAUAUUCUCCUUGAUGAUGAUCUAUCUGUGCGGGUAUCUGAUUGUGGUUUAGCUCCAUUGAUAGCUUCAGGAUCUGUCAGUCAGCUCUCGGGGAACCUGCUAUCAGCUUAUGGAUAUGGGGCUCCGGAAUUUGAGUCUGGAAUUUACACAUACCAAAGUGAUGUGUUCAGCUUUGGAGUGAUUAUGUUAGAACUUUUGACUGGCCGUCAGUCCCAUGACAGGACACGUCAACGAGGGGAGCAAUUUCUGGUCAGAUGGGCAGUUCCCCAACUUCAUGAUAUUGAUGCAUUAUCAAGCAUGGUUGAUCCUUCUUUAAAUGGAAAUUACCCGGCAAAAUCGUUGUCCAAUUUUGCAGACAUUAUUUCUAGAUGUCUUCAGUCGGAGCCAGAAUUUAGGCCAGCAAUGUCCGAGGUGGUCCUAUACUUACUAAAUAUGAUAAGGAAGGAGUCUCAGCAAAGUGAAGCAAAUCAAAAUUGAGAAUAGUAGUGAAGUGACAUUUGUUUGUGAAUUAGUUUGCAGAGAUUCAUUUGCUGAAUAUGUUCAACUAGUAGAGAUAUCAUAUACGUUUCAUCUGCGGGGAGUCCAAUCCAUACUCGUGCUAACCUAUUCAACAUUCACAUGAUAAAUUCUGUCAAGAGUUUUGACCAAUCAGCUUCAGGAUUGUAGUGACCAACACUCCUCAUAUGCGUAGUCUUAUCAUAUCUGAUAAUUUCUUAGUUCAUUAAAUUAUACGAUGCCAUUUAAUGUUGUAGAGGCGUGCUUACUAACCCAUUUGUUUGAUAAUUGUUUCCAAAUUCUUGAUAAUGAAAAUGUAAUUCCAUUUGUGGCAUCAUUAUGGUUUUUAUGUUCAUCCUUCAUAAUAAAAGUUUGGUGAUCAUUUGUACUAAAUAACAGACAGGCUUUGUAAUUUAAUAUUAAUUGUUCUUUGUACACUACAAAAGGAUUUCUCUUGUUUUUUUGG